AUGGUUGAGGACCCAUACAGCAUACUGAAUGUAUACUCAGAUUGCACUUACGAUGAGGCUAAGGCGGCCUAUCGACAAGCUGCCUUGAUGCAUCAUCCCGACCGGCAACCACCCGCAAGGAAGGAAGAGGCUGCCAGACGAUUCAGGGUUAUCGCUCAAGCUUUCCAGCAGAUCUGUCAGGAUCUCGGGCGUCCGAUCGAUCCAGCGGGACUCAAACAUGCUGACUCCCAAAAGAGCGGUGGUUCCAAUAGGAAGCCGACUUCCGCUGUUGGCACGACUACCGCCCCGGUCAUCAAACCUGCCCCUAGUCACAACUCCUCGUCAGCCUUGGUCCGUAGCCCAUCCACCAAAGCGAUCACUCAAUCUCCCCAAUCGCAGAAAGCCAUCUCUGCUAGAGCCGAGCCAGCUGCCAGAUCUGAGAAAGCUUUACAAGCCCCCCGAACAGUCACCAAAUCACAACCCAAAGAAGCUAUCCAACCCGAGGAACAAUACUCUUCAGAAGAAUCUGAUCACGAGCCAUCCGGCAACUCCCGCCAUCCAUCACGGCUCCCUCCACCUAGUAGUACUGCCGAGGUCAGUGACCCCGUAGGCGACUACCCGAGUAGUACCCAUUAUUCUGGACGACCCCACCACUCAUCCAGUCGGCGCUCGUCCUUCUCACAUCCCAGCGGCCGUGGCGAUCUAUCGAACAGUCGGGCACCGAUCAGCGACUAUUAUGAUCAUCCACUCGGACCAAAGCAGUAUGCUCGACAGCCGGAAUACCCCGAUCAUCGUCAUCGACCCCAACAACUCUAUGAUCUCCCGGGAAAUGGAGGAGGGAGUAAAGAGUGGGACUUCGGCCUAGGCGAUGAUGAUUUUUUUGGGGGCGGUAAGGAUCGAUUCGCGGCGGGGAAUUCGAUGAUGAACGAGAUGAGCUCAGGGUUCGACCGGAUGAUGUCGACGGCCUUCAAAGGGCUUAGCAUGGCCGGCCCGGAUCCGGCCGAACUAGCCCGGAUGGAUGGCGGCCAGAACUGUUCGAUGCGUAUGCGCCAGUCGAAGAUGGUCAUGGGUCGGACUGAAGACGGCUCUUGGGCCGGUAAGCGGAUGGAGAAACAGAUGAAUAUGGCCAACGGUAGACUCGAGGUCAACGAAAACGCUCAAGACAUUCGGAUGGGCGGUCGUUCUGGUGGCAGUAGUCGAUAUUCACCCCGGAACGGGAACGUGCGCGGAAACGGGGAAGAUUGGGACCCGCCGCCAGCUUACCAUGGCGGAGGAGGUGAAGAAGAAUACAGUGGACGGGAAGGCUAUGAGCCGAACAUGGAGCACUACCAGCCGGGAUACCAGCAUCCGCAUAUCCGACAGGGAGGCCCGCCAGCGGGACUCGUCCAGGGCGGAUAUGGCGCGAUGAUGGGCCGGAUGGCUCAUGGCGAGAUGAUCUCUGGCCACGGCCGCCAAGGCUCUUUGUCUCGCGCCCGGAACAGCAUGGCUGGUCCCGACGGCUACCCCACCGAUGCCCACAGACUCCAGAGAAGGCCCAGCUCCAGAUUCGAUUAUCCGUCCGAGCUCGCACACGCUUCUAGACCCCCGCCCAUCGGCCAUCCCGUCUACGCCGUCGGCCCUCCUCCCAUCCCGGGCUCGCUCACUCGUCGCCCUUCCGCCGACAUCGGCCCCGCUAGGUACUAA